AUGUAUUUCCAUUGCCGCAUCCAUGCCGUUCUUCUUCUUGUUCUUUUCUUUCUCUCAGUUUUCUCUUCUUCUUCUUCACCAACGAGUCAAAUCAACUCCAACUCAGUUCUAGUAGCACUUCUCGACUCACAUUACACCGAACUCGUUGAACUCAUUGAAAAAGCUAUGCUAUUACAAACACUAGAAAACACCGUUGCAACCCACAAUAUCACCAUUUUCGCACCAAACAAUGAAGCUCUUGAACGUAAUCUCGACUCCGAUUUCAAACUGUUUCUUCUCGAACCCGGUAAUAUCCUUUCUCUCCAAACUCUCUUAUUAUCCCACGUCAUCCCAACCCGAAUCGUAACCGGAUCGACCCGAAACCAACACCAUCACCAACACAAGACCCUCUCCAAUCACAAUCUCCACCUUGCCACCAAUAUCACCACUGGCGAAUGGACCGUGGACAAAACCAAAAUCACCCACCCGAAUUUCAUAACCCGACCCGACGGCAUCAUCCACGGGAUCCAGCGUCUUCUCAUCCCACGCUCGGUAGAAAACGACUUCAACAACCGCCGUAGUCUCCGUUCCAUCACCGCCGUGAAACCGGAAGGUUCACCGGAAAUCGACACGAGAAAUCAACGAUUGAAAAAAAAAUCUCCACCACCGGAGAAACCCGGUUCACCACCGACAUUCUCGAUCUACGAAGCAAUAGCUCCAGGACCGUCCCUGGCCCCGGCGCCAGCGCCAGGGCCAGGCGGCCCACACCACCACUUCGACGGCGAGGCACAGGUGAAGGAUUUCAUCAAAACAUUACUCCAUUACGGUGGUUACAACGAAAUGGCUGAUAUUCUCGUAAACCUAACGUCAUUAGCAACUGAAAUGAGUAGUUUAGUUUCGGAGGGUUACGUGUUAACGGUUUUGGCUCCGAACGACGAGGCGAUGGCGAAGUUAACGACGGAGCAGUUGAGUGAACCGGGUUCGCCGGAAGAGAUAAUGUACUACCAUAUUAUCCCGGAGUAUCAAACGGAAGAGAGUAUGUAUAAUGCUGUUAGAAGGUUCGGGAAAGUUCGAUACGAUACUUUAAGGUUGCCGCAUAAGGUUGUGGCUGAGGAAGCUGAUGGGUCUGUUAAAUUUGGACAUGGUGGUCUGGCGGGCUAUUUGUUUGACCCGGAUAUUUAUACCGAUGGGAGAAUUUCUGUGCAGGGGAUUGAUGGUGUUUUGUUUCCUAUGGAGGAGAAGGAGGAGGUUAUGGAGCAGGUUAAACCCGUUUCUAAGAUGGGUCAACCCGGUAAAGUUGUUGUCAAACACAGAAGAGGGAAACUGCUGGAAACAGCAUGCUGGAUGCUUGGAACCUUUGGACAACACUCUAGAUUUGCUUCUUGUCUUCAAUGA